CAUCCACUGCUGCCUCCUAUUAAAAUCAUCUAGUUACCUUGAUCAUGUCUGGCAUGGAAUUGACCGUCAACUAUCCGCCCUCCAAAUUCGCGGCUGAUAACGAUCUUUCAAGCCCCAAUGUCGUGGAAAAGUACACCCUCGCUGCCGAUAUCGUCAAUGUUGUUCUUCCCGAGGUACUCAGCAAAGUCUCUCCCGGCGUUUCUGUCUGCGAUCUUUGUCAAUAUGGCGACGACUUGAUUGAAGCUUAUACAUCGAGAAUGCACAAAAAGUUGGAAAGAGGCGUUGCCACACCUACCUGUGUUUCGGUCAACAACCUUGUUCAAUAUGUUUCUCCUUUGGAAGAUAACGACUAUAAUUUAAAGGCGGGUGAUGUGGUCAAGAUUGAAUUGGGUGCUCACGUGGAUGGUUACAUUGCUACGGCUGCUCACACGACGGUGGUGAAUCAGAAUCCUCAGGAACCAUUGCGUGGUACUGCUGCCGAUGUGGUGUGCGCUACAUAUUACGCUUUUGAAGCCGCCAUGCGCAUGCUUCGUCCCGGUGUGAAGAGUUCGGAUAUUUCGCGUGUGAUCACGGAAAUUGCCGCUUAUUACCGAUGUGAACCUGUGGAAGGUAGUUACUCUUCCAUGAUGAAGCGAUUUGUCUUGCGUGCUGGCAAGGAUGUGGAGAACCGAUUGAGCAGUGAAAUGACAGUGGAAGAAUUGGAAAAAAUGGAUUUCCAGAUUGAAGCGAACCAGGUGUAUCAGCUUAACGUGGUGCUCACCAGCGGCAGUGGCAAGGUCAAAUUUUCGGAAUAUAAACCUUUUGUCUUCCAAAGAGAUGUCAACCGAUCCUACAACUUGAAGAUGAAAUCGGCCCGUCUCGCCUACACACAGAUCAAUGAAAAGCAUACCGUGUUCCCCUUUUCCAUUCGUGCCAUCUCUGGUAACCAUGCCCGUCUCGGUCUGACUUCUGUUGUGCAACAUGAACUUGUUACUCCGUUCCCCGUUAUGCGUUCUGCGUUGAACUCGGAUGUCGUUGCCCAAUUCAAGGCGACCAUUCUCGUGACGCCCGAAGGUCAACUGCGUACCACUUUGCCACAACCUUUGCCCUACGUGCAUUCACAAUAUUGCAUACCCCAACCUACGCAAGCCGCGAAUGUCUUGAGCGCUCCGGCUUUGAAGUUGAUCAGACCCUUCAAAGGUUUCCCCGCAGUUCCAGUCGAAUUUGGACAACGUCAUGUGGAGGAAGAAGAUGUUGCCAUGGAAAUGGAUUAAGAAGCUUUCUUUUUUUUUUCUCGUCUCUUCAUCACCUACAGCCCCAUUUUUUUUUCUGAUGCGCAACAUACUGAUCAUAUUUCUUUUCUCUUCUUUUUUUUCUUUUGAUGCAUCCAACAUGAUACAGAAACCAAAAACAUCAACUCUUAUGGAAUUUGUAAAUAGGAGAAAGACCGUUAUUCAUUUACAUGUAUUUUUUUUUCUCUCUCUCUCUCUCUCUCUCAUAUCUAGACUCUUUUUUUGUUUUCCCCCAAAAAGAAAAUAUCAAUCUAUCCAAG